AUGAUAUCAGAAGGAGGACACUAUGUGGAUGGAUCUUGGCUGCUCUGCAUCCGAGUAGAUUCGCUUAAUGUUGAUCGUCGAGUACGAGUCAAAGGCGACUGGUCUAUUGGACGAGUUCUCGUUGGCCUCACUGAGGGACUGCCCCACCCACCCAAACUCACCUGUGAUGCGUCUGAUAUAUCACUUUCUCCUGGAUUAAUAAGUUCCGGAUGGUCGGAUUUCGCCCUCUGGUGGCCAGCAAAGAACAGGUGGAUUUUACAAACUCAUGCUAGCCUAGACCAGCAUGGAUUACAAGCAGAUGCUAAGCUCCAUUUCAUUCGAGUUCAUGGACGAUUAAGAGUUCAACUACCUGAUCUACAAACACGGGUAUUCUGUGAUGUGAAUUUCACGGAACCUGUAUUCAGAGUUGUGAUCCUUAUAUGUAAGUAUUUUGGAAUAACUCAUCCAGAAGAAUUAUCUCUUCAAUACCCCGAAUCUGAUCUAUGUUCACACGGCAAAUUGUCUUUUAUGUGGGGAGAACAUUGGAAUACUCUUCCAUCGCUAACAGCACGCAGGUCUUUCAAGAAAUUGACAGUCUCCUCCCCUUCAAAAUCAGAACUUCGACAAAAGCGACCUGUCAGUUGUGUCAUGCCAUCGUCUGCAGAGCAUUCCGAAAAGCAUCUUAGAACGGUUAUUUCAAAUAAUAGUCACACAAUGUCCCAUAGGCCUCAAGUCUACGGUCCUCCUAGAGUGCGAAAUCGUCCAAUGAGCGGAACUACCUCCUCAGCACCGAUACGACCAGAAUCGAUCUAUCUCUCCCAGUCCUUGUAUGGAAUGCCUCUUAGCAAAUUAGAAAUAUGUGAUGACCCUAGCUUAAUCUUUAGUCCUUCCGUCACUUUAUCAGAAGCCCUUAAUUCCGGAAGCAUUUCUCGUUGUCGUGGAUUUUUCUCUCGAGCUAGAUUUUCAAGCGCUUGGCUUGAUUUGGGUCGGUCGCUAAUGGAACAGGGGAUUUAUCCAAAAUCUCUCAAUCUUGAUGAUAUUUCCCUAUCUUCGGAAGUUCUUGACGAUAGCUACGAGAACAUGGAUGGCAAAGAGAAUGGUAUUAGUGAGACGAUUUCAUCCAUUCCCUUAUUGAGAUUACGUUUCAAAUACAAUGUCUUUUAUGAGUUGACCCUGAAAAGUAAUGCAGUGAGGAUUAAUCAGUUAUUUGAACAAGCACGGUGGUCGAUCGUAUCGGAAGCUGUUGAAUGCACCAACGAGGAAGCUUCGUUAUUCGCUGCCCUUCAAUUACAGGUAUGA